UCCUCUUCUCUAACUUCAUAAACCAACUACCUCUUUGUAUAUUCUAUUUAAAGAAACAUCAAAAUGAUAGAUGGAAAAUUUCUCAAGGCAUGUCAAAGAAUCAUACCUGACAUUCCUUGUGCUAAUUGUGACAAAUGCCGUAAAUGGCCAAUAUGGCCAUUUUUGCAAGAAGAGAAGACUAUCCCAAGUGAUGUUCCAAAGGGUCACUUGGUAGUAUAUGUAGGGAAAUACCAAAAGAGGUUUGUAAUCAAAAUCACUUUGCUCAAUCAUCCACUUUUCAAAGCAUUGCUAGAUCAAGCCCAAGAAAUUUAUGACUUCACUUCUGAAUCAAAGUUAUGGAUCCCUUGUGAUGAAAACAUCUUUAUCAGUGUCAUAAGAUGUGCCAAAUCUCCAAAAAAUCGACGUGUUUCACUCUGCUUUUGAUGUUGUUUUUUAUUUUCCACUCAGUAUCUAGUACCCGCAUUGAGACCAGUCUAAAUUCAGAUUCGCGCCGGAAAAUCCCACAUUGAGAGUAAAACGCUCCCUAACAAAGAUGACUUUAUACUCGGGGCUCGAACACGAUACCUCUAAUAAAAGAUGAAGGAAUAGUUAAUUAUCACUCCACCACGACCGAGGUCACUCUGGUUUUGAUGUUUAAAAUCAUAGAGGUUGUGAUUAAAUUUCAUUUGUGAUGUUCAACUCAUAUAGUUUAGAACGUUGACAUCUUUUUUUAAGUUUAUAACCUGUUGUAGACGACAUCCAAUUGUUUGUAUAUUCGUUACCUAUGAAGCUGAAAAGCUUUACUUCUAGUAAGCCAGUAAAUUCAUUUCAGAGUACAUUUUGUUGA